AUGCCGCUCUUGAAGCCGCGCGAGCGGCUCCUCAAGUCUGCCAUCGCUGCCGAGGCACGACUGCGGUACAAAGGCCGUCGCAUGCACAAGAGAUUUCGCAGUUGGGCACAGCACCGCGUGCGGCAGUACUGGCUUCCCCAGCGGGUGUCUCUGCAUGCGGAUGCAGCAGAAAUGAAUCCCGCGUAUUUGAGUGCGGCUGUGCAGAAGGCUGCGACGUUGCGCAAGCACGACGCCGCUCUAUGGUUUGGCUUUGCUCGAAGGGCACAAGACGUGGCGGAUAGCUGCACACCUUACCAAUUGGGGUAUCUUUUUUACGGGUAG